AUGGUCUCGUUCAAUUUUCGAAGGCGCCAUCAUGCUGAGGACAUCACCCCGGACCGGAUGUCGCCCGACGGAGAGGCCGACAGCGACCUGGCUGCGAUCGAUGCCUUGAACGCCCUGAAGCAUUUCGAGAUGAUUCAUCACCUCGACCCGAACCUGCCGCUGGAGGAGCUCUACGAGGUCGACGCCGCCCUGAACGCCGCCAGUGCCGAGAAGGGCAUCGAAGUCGAGCAGAUACUGAUCGAGGACAACUCUCCCUACCCCGAGGUCCGAGCAUCAGUGCGCAAUUUCGAUGUUGAUCUGCCCGUGAACACGGUCCGCGCCUGGGUCAUCGGCAUGGUGCUGUGCACGAUUGGGUCUGGAUUGAACAUGCUCUUCUCGCUCCGCAAUCCUAAUGUCCUCAUCACCACAUUCGUCGUCCAGCUUAUCUCCUAUCCCAUUGGCUUGGGCUGGGACCUGAUCUUCCCGGACCGCAUGCUCAACCUCUUCGGCCUGAAGUUCAACUUAAAGCCUGGGCCCUUCAACUUCAAGGAGCAUGUCGUCAUCGUGGUCAUGUCAAAUGCUGCUUACGGCGGCGGCGCCCUGUAUGCCACCGAUGUUAUCAUUGCGCAACAGGUCUGGUAUGGCCAGGCCUUUGGAUGGGGGUGGCAGAUUCUGCUGGGUAUCACGACUCUGUGCACUGGCUACGGUCUCGCCGGUCUCGCGCGACGCUUCCUCGUCUGGCCCGCGGCCAUGAUCUGGCCGUCAGAUCUCGUCAACUGCGCCCUCUUCCACACCCUUCACGACCACUCGCCCUCCGACCCCGCAAAGACGGGCGGCUGGUCCAUUGGUCGACACAAGUGGUUCAUGAUCGUCUGGUGCGGCUCCUUCGUCUGGUACUUCUUCCCGGGUUGGCUCUUCCAGGGCCUGUCGUGGUUCUGCUGGCUCACCUGGAUCUGGCCUGAGAACGUCAUCGUAAACCAGCUAUUCGGUGGUUACAGUGGCUAUGGCCUAUUUCCCAUCACUUUCGACUGGACCAUCAUCUCCGGAUAUCUCAUGUCCCCGCUCAUUCCUCCCUUCCAUGCCAUCGCCAACGUGCUGGCCGGCAUCCUCAUCUUCUUCAUCGUCGUAUCGAUGGGCAUCCAUUACUCAGGUUACUGGUACGCCGACUACCUACCCGUUCAGAACUCACACGCAUACGACAACACCGGAUACCAAUACGAGGUCAACGAGAUCCUUACAAACUUCCAAUUCGACGAGGCCAAGUACUUUGCCUACUCGCCCCUUUACCUCCCCACCCAGUUCGCUCUCGCCUAUGGGCUUGCGUUCGCGACAGUCGCCGCCGUCAUCGUCCACGUGGCGCUGUAUCAUGGAAGGACUAUUUGGUCGCAGAUGAAGCUGGCCCGCAACCAGGAGGACGACAUCCACAUGCGCUUGAUGAAGAAGUACCGCGACGCUGAGGACUGGUGGUAUGCCCUCCUGUUCUUGAUCAUGCUGGGUCUGUCCUUUGCCGUUGUCUGCGCCUGGCCGACAAGCCUACCGUGGUGGGCAUACAUCGUCUGCAUGCUCAUCCCCAUCGUAUGGACGAUUCCCAUCGGGAUCGUGCAGGCCAUCACUAACAUACAGCUCGGCCUCAACGUGCUGACCGAGUAUAUCGUCGGAUACAUGCUCCCCGGCCGGCCACUUGCCAUGAUGAUUUUCAAGAAUUAUGGCUACGUCUGCAUGUCGCAGGCCCUCUACUUUGCGCAGGAUCUCAAACUUGGUCACUAUAUGAAGGUGCCGCCGCGGAUUCUCUUCUGGUCGCAGCUGAUAGCCUCGAUCUGGUCGGCCAUCGUGCAGAUCGCCGUCAUGAACUGGGCACUCAGCGCCAUCCCCGACGUUUGUACCGAUAACCAACCCAACCAGUACACCUGCCCCAACGCAAAGGUCUUCUACACGGCCUCGGUCAUCUGGGGCGCCAUCGGACCCGCGCGCAUGUUCUCGGGCAAGGCCCUCUACAGCUCACUACAGUGGUUCUGGCUCGUCGGUGCUGUCAGCCCCGUCAUCACUUGGUUCCUCGCGCGGCGAUACCCGCGCAGCAUAUGGCGGUAUAUCAACUUGCCGCUUGUCUUUGGCGGAUCGGGUUGGAUCCCCCCAGCGACUGCGUACAUCUACUUCUGCUGGGGCAGCGUGGGCGCCUUCUUCAACUAUUACAUCAGGCGGCGGAACACAGGCUGGUGGCUGCAGUACAAUUACGUCACGUCGGCGGCCCUCGACACCGGGCUCAUCGUCUCGACCUUUAUCGUCUUCUUCGCGCUCUACAUGUCGGGUGCCCGCGCCCCCAACUGGUUCGGCAACAACGACGCGCUGAGCACACUAGACAUGUUGUCCAGGGCAGUGAAGUCGACCGUUGCUCCAGGCGAGACGUUUGGGCCAAGCACAUGGCCGUAA